AUGACGGCGACAAUGACUCCUCAUCUUCCCGACCUUCGCAUCCACAUCAUUGGUGCUGGCAUGGGCGGUGCCGGUGCGGCUCUCGCAUGCGCCAAGCAGGGCUUCAAGGACAUUCACGUCUGGGAGGCCGCUCCCGCGAUCGGCGAAGUCGGAGCGGGAAUCAACAUUCCCCCCAACCUCGCUCGCGUCCUCGACAGCUGGGGCGUCCUCAGCAUCUGCACUGACGAGGGUAUUGUCAUCACCCACGCCAAUGUGCUCGACUGCGAGACCGACGAGGUCCUCACCACUGCCGACUACUCCAACUACAUGGAGCAGAACUUUGGCUACCCGUUCACCACCGUUCACCGUAGCGCUCUCCAGAAGUGCCUUUUGGAGGGAGCCAAGAACUCGGGUGUUGUCACUUUCCACUUGGGCAACUUUAUCACCGAGUACGACUUUGACAACACGCGCUUCCAGGUCAAGCACCGGCCGCGUGGAGCGAACGGUGACAGUACCGUCACCAGCGGCGGUGGUGCCUCGGACGCUGUGACUGGCAGGCUUGCGGAGGGUGGUGAGACCGAGUGGAUCGAUGCCGACGUCAUCAUCUGCGCGGACGGCAUCAAGUCCAAGGCCCGCGCGGCCAUGAUGGCGCGCAAGGGCGAGGUCGACGAGGUCGAGGACACUGGACAGGCCGCGUACCGUAUCAUGGUCCGCCGCUCCGCCAUCAACGAGGACCCCGAACUCGUCCCCUUCUUCACUGGCACGCAGAGCUACCGGUGGAUUGGCGAGAAGCGUCACAUCAUUGCUUACCCUAUUGAGCGUGGCGACCUGUUCAACAUGUCCACUACUCAGCCCGACCGUCACUUUGUCGAGGCGGACACCUGGACCGCCGUUGGAUCCAAGGACGAGAUGCUCAAGACGUUCCACGACUUCUGCCCGCGUGUGCAGAAGCUCCUCAACCUUGUCCCCGAGGGCGAGGUCCUUGAGUGGAAGCUCCGCGCCCACCAGCCCCUCCCCCACUGGAUCGACGGCAAGUCUGCCCUCGUCGGCGACGCCUGCCACCCAACUCUCCCCCACAUUGCGCAGGGCGCCGCCAUGGCCGUCGAGGACGCCGCCGCUCUCGGUGUGAUUCUCGCAAAGGUCAAGAGCAAGGACGAUAUCCACCAGGCGCUCCUCACCUACCAGAACCUCCGCAAGCCCCGUACCGACUGGGCCGUCCUCACAGCCGCUGCCAACUCGAAGGGUCUCCACACCAACGACAAGGAGGCGCGCAACCAGGCCUUCCGCGAUGUCAAGAACGGCGGACCCAACCCCGACAAGAUGAUCUCGCGCGAUAUCCACGACAGGCUCUUCCUCUACGACGUUGAGAAGGACGCAGCCCAGCAGUACGACGCCCUUUUUGCCAAGGCCAAGGAUGAGUAG